AAUCAUAUACUUUUAUUAUUUUGCUUGUGCUGCUUCUAAAGGCGGAGAAAAAGUGUUUACAUUUGAAAAAUUAGGAUAAAUUUUGUUUGUAGUUUUCCCUUCCUUUAUUUCAAAUAACGAAAGUGAUUUAAGUUGACGAGUUUUCAAUUUAAAAGUGCUUGAAAAUUUCGAUUGAUAUUAUUCGACAAACGGGCUAAAGGAUUAAAAGUCAGUGGUCGUUUGAUAAGCUUGAAGAUAACAAAAUUUAGAACGAAAGAAGUGAAUACUUUUCCGCCUAUUUAAAACUUGUUGCCGUUAAUUUAAUAAUCUCAAUAAGAAGACUAAUUUCUUAAUAACCACAAAGAUGGCAGUUUCAAUUGCAUCUCACUCCGCUCCCAAAAAUCGUGAAAUGUUUGCGAUCAAAAAAUCAUACAGCAUUGAGAACGGGUAUCCAUCUCGACGCCGUUCGUUGGUAGAUGAUGCUCGCUUUGAGAGUGCCGUUGUUAAACAAACAAAACAAGCUGUACUUGAAGAAGCACGCCUCAAGGCAAAUGUUGAGAAUGAACUCGAUAUUCCAAAUGGUGAAAAUAACACCGAGAAUGACGAGGAACAAGAGCAACCCGAAGUUGAAGAACAGGAAUUCUAUGUUGAAGUUGAAGACGAUGUUUACGUAAAGCCAGUAGAGGGACCAAGCAACGGUCAUCAGAAUGAAAAGAAGCCGGAAGAAAAGAAAGAAGAAGAAAAAAGUGAUGAUGACUCGGGUUUGACUGAAGAAGAAGUGGUUUUGCAAAAUGCUGCUUCACAGUCAGAAGAAGCUGCUAAUGCAAUCAUCAAAGCCGCCCUCGUUGUUCGUUUACGAGAUGGAAUGGGUGCAUUAGGCCGCAUUUUGAAAGCAAUUGAAACGUUUAAAGGAACCGUCAUUCAUUUGGAAUCACGUCAAUCACGUGAAUCUAAUGUGCAGUUUGAUGUUCUGAUUAAAAUAGAAAUGACAAGAUCGGCUUUAUUGCAAUUAUGUCGUUCACUCCGUCAAUCUUCAGCAUUCGGUGGAGUUUCGCUAUUCUCAGAGAAUGACGUAAGUGUCAAAGCUCCGUGGUUCCCCAAACAUGCAUCAGAACUUGACGAUUGUAACCAUUUGAUGACUAAAUAUGAACCUGACUUAGACAUGAAUCAUCCUGGUUUUGCCGACAAAGAAUAUCGUCUUCGCCGAAAGCACAUUGCUGAAGUAGCGUUUGCGUACAAGUAUGGUGAUGCCAUUCCUCUCAUUGAAUAUACAGAAACAGAGAACAAUACUUGGUCAUCAGUUUUCCGUGUUGUCAAAGAUUUAAUGCCCAAACACGCUUGUCGUGAAUACAACCAAGUCUUUGCUAAGCUUGAGAAAGAAAAGAUUUUUGUUGAAAAUCGUAUUCCACAAUUGCAAGAAAUGAAUGAUUUCUUGCGAAGAAAUACCGGUUUUACAUUACGCCCUGCUGCUGGUUUAUUGACCUCUCGUGAUUUUCUUGCCUCAUUGGCAUUCCGUGUCUUCCAAAGUACACAAUAUGUACGUCACGGAAAUUCACCGAUGCACACACCAGAGCCAGAUUGUAUACAUGAACUGCUUGGACACAUGCCAUUGCUUGGUGAUUCAUCUUUUGCACAAUUCUCACAAGAAAUCGGAUUAGCUUCGUUGGGAGCUUCUGAUGAUGAAAUAGAAAAGCUUUCAACUGUUUACUGGUUCACAGUUGAAUUCGGAUUAUGCAAAGAAGAAAACCAAGUUAAAGCUUACGGUGCCGGUUUGUUGUCUGCCUACGGAGAAUUGUUACAUGCUGUAAGUGACAAGCCUGAACACCGUCCAUUUGAUCCAGCAAAGACAGCUAUUCAAUCGUACCAAGAUCAAGAGUACCAACCAAUUUAUUACGUAGCAGAGAGUUUCGAAGAUGCAAAGGAGAAAUUCCGCAGAUGGGUUGCCACAAUGUCUCGUCCUUUCGAAGUCCGAUUUAAUCCACAUACUGAACGUGUUGAAAUUCUCGAUUCAGUUGAUAAGUUGGAAACACUCGUUGCACAGUUAAAUACAGAAAUGUUACAUUUGACGAAUGCUAUAGAAAAGUUGAAGAAACCAUUCUGUUAAAAUGCUUGAAAUGGAAGAGGUAUAAGUUAAAGGAAACAUAGAUUUAAAAAUUGAUAAGUGUUGGUAAAAUAGUUGACAAUAAUGUUUUCAGUUUUGUACUCAAAUUUUUGUGAUCCAAUCAAAAGUAUUCUCAAUAGCUAUUUUUAUUUUAUUCAUUUUAUUUUAAAUAAGUUAUGUAUGUGCAAUCGAUUUUAAGUUCAUUCAAAAAUGUGUUCUUAACAAACAUUUUCUGCACAUGAUUAUUUUGAAAGAUUGGUAUAUUUAAUCUAAAAAAAUAUUGAAACUGCGUCUCGAGAUAAUCGUAAAUUUAAUGGCAAUGAAUAAGUUUAAUUUAGAAGUAGUAUGGCAAAAUAUUUCUCUAUUUUACUCUCUAUUGUUAGCUGACAAUAAAAGUAUUACACUACUUAUACACAUAUAAACAUAAACAUUCAAGGAAAACGAAAUUAACCAUUAAAUUGUCAGAAGAAUUCAUUAAUACCUUAUACGUAGAAUGAAAAUUGGCCAAUUUAAAAUGUCGUAGAAGCUUGACUUGUUGUUUUCUCCUACAAUUUAUUCAGCAAUCAAAUAUUGAUACCUUCUCAUAUUUAUUUCCUAUUCCAAAAUAAAACAAUUUCUUUUAAAGCUGUCAAAAUAUCCUGUGAGCUCUAUAAUGUUUAAAUAAAAUGUAUGAAUUCAUACUUAUUUGUUUUGGAGUUUAAA